CUUCCGGAAGAUGUCAGGUCGCGGCAAAGGCGGGAAGGGCCUGGGCAAGGGGGGCGCCAAGCGCCACCGCAAGGUGCUGCGCGACAACAUCCAGGGCAUCACGAAGCCCGCCAUCCGGCGGCUGGCCCGGCGCGGCGGCGUCAAGCGCAUCUCCGGCCUCAUCUACGAGGAGACCCGCGGGGUGCUCAAGGUGUUCCUGGAGAACGUGAUCCGGGACGCCGUCACCUACACGGAGCACGCCAAGCGCAAGACGGUCACGGCCAUGGACGUGGUGUACGCGCUCAAGCGCCAGGGCCGCACCCUCUACGGCUUCGGGGGCUAAAGUCUUUUAAAGGUUCCCGUCGCUUACCAAAAAGGCCCUUUUUAGGGCCCCCAAGUUAUCGUUAAAAGAGCUUUAGUGCUUAUCUAUAAACGGGUGUCG